CUGGUGUUAGCUCGCCUACCUCCCCAACUAUAAGCCAUAACUUUCCAACUUGCGAUCAGGAAAGCUUAGGCCAUAUCGCCAUUAAAAUCUAUAUUAAAUAUGGAGAUUCACGGCGAGAACAGCACUGAAUAAUUAAUGAUAUCUUAAUCCUCCACUGUUCCAUAUCUUGAGAAGCGCGCCUGGAUCGAAAGGUGUUCGAUCUGUUGAACGAGGUAGCCUCUGCUUCAGAUCCAGUCGAGAUGAAGGUCACCGUCGUUUCUCGCAGCGGAAGAGAGAUCAUUAAGGGUGGAAUAGAGCUCGAUGCUUCGGCGACCGUGAGCGAUCUGCAGCGGGCGAUUCACUCACGGAUCAAAAAGCUUUAUCCUGCUAGGCAGCGUCUUACUCUCCCUUUACCGCCUGGAGAACGCAGAAAACCAGUUGUACUCAGUUCUGCAAAGAACCUUUCAGAUUAUUCUGAUGGAAAUGCAAAAAGUUUGACAAUUAUUUUCAAGGAUUUGGGUCCACAAGUGUCAUAUAGAACACUCUUCUUUUUUGAAUACUUGGGCCCUCUAGUCAUCUAUCCAAUCUUUUACUUCUUCCCAGUUUAUAAAUAUUUUGGUUAUGAGGAAAAGCGAGUGGUCCAUCCUGUUCAAACUUAUGCCAUGUAUUACUGGUGCUUCCAUUACUUCAAACGGAUCAUGGAGACUUUCUUUGUCCAUAGAUUCAGCCAUGCUACUUCGCCCCUCUCCAACGUGUUCAGAAACUGUGCCUAUUACUGGUCUUUUGGGACAUACAUUGCUUACUAUGUUAACCACCCACUUUACACUCCUGUGAAUGAAUUGCAGUGGAAGAUUGGUUUUGGUUUUGGCUUACUCUGCCAAGUCUCAAACUUUUACUGCCAUAUUAUUUUGAAGAAUCUCAGAAGUCCUGAUGGCAGCGGAGGUUAUCAAAUCCCUCGUGGCUUCUUGUUUAACAUCGUCACAUGUGCAAACUACACUACGGAGAUCUACCAGUGGAUUGGAUUUAAUAUUGCUACUCAAACGGUGGCUGGUUACUUGUUUCUUUUAGCUGCUUUCGUUAUUAUGUCUAAUUGGGCCUUGGGAAAACACCGCAGGUUGAAGAAGUUGUUUGAUGGAAAGGAAGGAAGACCAAAGUAUCCACGGCGAUGGGUGAUACUUCCUCCAUUUUUCUAGGUGGGCUUCUCGGUUGGUUAUGUCCUUCACUUUUCUAAGAAAUUUGUGUCAGUUGCUCAGUCGCUUUCUAUUUGGAAGAACGUCCAUCUUUUUAUUUUUAUUCUUAUUCUUAUUUUGUUUUCAUUAUUAUGUAUUUUAGCAGGUCUGAUAUUGCAAAUUAUGAUUGUAAAAUGAAUCAUUUAGCUGGGAUGUUAUGUCUAUUUAAAAGAACCUUCGUUCUUUGUAA